AUGUCGGAUAAGGAUGGAAUCUCAAGUCGAAGCGACUCAGCUUUAGUUCCGGAUAAAUCAGAUCAUGAAAAUGAUAUUGCUAAGAGAUGCGAAGCUGCUGAGAUCGAGAUGAUGAAAUUGGAAACAAACGCCGGAAAGUCAAUGGGAGAUCAGGUAAGAUUCGCACCUGUGGGUUUCGACUUUUUAUCAUGUUUUUAUCUUAUAUCACCUGGAGUGGAUCUUACAACAUUGACCUAGAC